UUGUUAGGAGGGGAACCGCAGGCAAUCCACCAACGACUGGCGGCUUCCAUUUUUUUUUAUAUAUAUAAGUUUGAUUUUUGACUAACAACUAAAUUAUUCUGUAAACUGCAAAGAUUUACAAGUUCAUCAAAUUAUUAUGAUAGUCAUACCGCGUUCAAUCCGCCGUCGUCCAGUCUCCUGCUGUUUCCUCAUCUUCUUCCGUCUCUGACCAAACACGAGCUGUCGCGGCGGCUUUAUUUCUUUUCUCAGGGAACAGCAUGGCCAGCAUCUUAGUCAGCUAAAUCGGUAUGGCACUAUUGCCUGUUCCUUUCUACACACUACAUUGAAGCGGUAAAGGAAAGCAUCGCUGCAUUGUUGUCCAGGAUGCAUGUUUCCGGUGCUAAUGAAGGUAUUUCUUUAAUAGAAAAACGUAAUCAAAGAAUGGAUCCCAAGCACAUAAAUGCAGAUGGUUUACAACGACGCCAUCAGCUGACUGCCAUGAGGGUUGUAAGGGGCAUAUCAUGCUUAAUGACUUUACUUACAACUGCGUGUAUGACAUUAAUCUACUGUGCACCUAUAUUUACUCUUCUCCUGAGGCUUUUUAGCAUACAUUACAGUCGAAAAUCAGUAGCAUUGUUGUUUGGUGCAUGGCUGUCUAUGUGGCCAUUUCUAUUUGAGAAGCUAAACAACACUAAAGUGGUUUUUUCUGGGGAUCGCGUGCCUUUGAAGGAGCGAGCGCUGCUCUUUGCCAACCAUAGAACAGAAGUCGACUGGAUGUACCUGUGGGAUCUUGCAUUGAGGAAGGGUUGCUUGGGGUCUAUUAAGUAUGUCUUAAAGAGAAGCUUGAUGAAAUUGCCUGUGUUUGGCUGGGGAUUUCAGGUUCUGGAGUUUAUUUCAGUCGAGAGGAAAUGGGAAGUUGAUGAGACAUUGAUGCAAAGGAAGCUUUCAACUUUUAAAGACCCAAGAGAUUCUCUUUGGCUUGCAGUUUUCCCAGAGGGCACUGAUUACACAGAACAGAAAUGCAUAAUAAGUCAAAAGUACGCAGCAGAAAAUAGCUUACCAAUUCUUGAAAACGUGCUUCUUCCAAAAACCAAGGGCUUUUAUGCUUGUUUGGAAGCUCUGAGAGAGUCCCUGGAUGCUGUCUAUGAUAUAAGUAUCGCAUACAAGCAUCGUUCCCCAACAUUUUUGGAUAAUGCCUUUGGUGUAAACCCACUUGAGGUUCAUAUUCAUAUUCGACGGUUUUUACCACAUGAGAUUCCAGAAUCUGAAAAAGAUGUUGCUUCGUGGUUGAUUGAGAGGUUUAGGGUUAAAGACCAACUUCUUGGUGACUUCGCUAGUUUUGGUUAUUUCCCUGAUGAAGGGACUGAAGGAGAACUCUCAAGCAUUUCAUGUCUGGUAAAAGUUGCUGCCAUGUUAUCCUUAACAUGUGUAUUUUUAUACCUUACGUUUUUCUCAGCAUUCUGGUUUAAGAUAUAUGUUCUUAUCAGCGCUGUUUAUCUUUCAUAUAUUACCCACUUUGAUAUUCAACCAACUCCAAUUUUUGGCUGUCUAAAGUCCUUGGUCUGUAGUAAGAAAGACUAGAGAACUUCCAGCUUCUUUUUUAGGUUUUUUUUUCCUCCCGUUCAUUCUUACUUUUUGCACUGGAUGAAAAUGUAUGUUUUGCUUUAGUUUUUGUUGAUGACAUUUUUAUAGUUUGUAACUAAGAAAAUAUGCACAAUAAACACAGAUUUGCAAUU